CACAUGGCCUCAGCAGCGAUAAGCAGCAGGAAGAAAAACAAGCCGGCCGCUUCUGUUUUCUGCUCGUCCAGAGAAGCUGUGCCCUGUCCGCGUGACCGGCCUCGAUCCACGCGCUCAGCAGCGGCAUGACCUCAGUGCAGACCAGCUUAACUGAGAAGCACCCAUAACCUCCCUCAUCCCCGAACUCGGAGCCUUUCUGUGGGCGAUGUUUGACCUAAAAGGAGGCUGGAACAUCUCGUUCGCCGGCUGUGGGUUUUUGGGCAUUUACCACAUCGGCGUGGCGAGCUGUCUGCUGGAGCAGGCACCCUACCUCAUCCACGGAGCCAGCAGGAUCUACGGAGCUUCAGCAGGGGCGCUGACCGCCUCUGUCCUCACCAGCCAGGCAUGCUUAGAAAAAUGCUGUGAGGAUGUGAUUGAGGUGGCUAAGGAGGCCCGGAAGCGUAACCUGGGUCCGCUGCACCCCACCUUCAACUUAGUCAAGGUGAUGCGUUCCGGCCUGCAGAGGGACUUGCCUGAAGAUGCACACACUCGCGCCUCUGGAAAACUGUGCGUGUCCCUCACGCGAGUAAGUGACGGGGAGAAUGUGUUGGUCUCGGAUUUCACCUCCAAAGACGAGCUGAUCCAGGCACUCAUCUGUAGCUGUUUUAUCCCUGUAUACUGCGGUCUGAUACCUCCUGCCUUCCGUGGAGUUAGGUAUGUGGACGGCGGGAUCAGUGAUAAUCUCCCCCAGUCAGAGCUGAAGAACACCAUCACCAUCUCCCCAUUCUCCGGAGAGAACGACAUCUGUCCUAAAGACAAUUCCAGCAGCUUUCACGAGCUGCGGCUCACCAACACCAGCAUUCAGGUCAACUGGGGAAAUGUGUACAGGCUCAGCAAAGCCCUAUUCCCUCCAGAGCCCAAGGUGUUGGCAGAGAUGUGUCAGAGUGGGUACAAAGAUGCUUUCCGGUUCCUCAAGGACAACAAUCUAUUGAGAACCGAGUGUCCAGCUGCAGACCUAGCCCUGACACAGGAUCUGCCCCCCUGCUGCUGCUCGGGUCUCAAAAACUCUGUCGUCACAGAAUCCACAAAGGAGUGGAUGCUGCGGAGACUCCGCCUCUUCAGGAAGCACCACUGGUGGCUGGAUGAGCAGCUUAUUGAUAACCUUCCUACACCCAUUAGGAAAGUGUUCUGUGAAGCAUGUAGGGAGAAACACGGCCUGUUCGGUCAGCUCACUGCCCUGUUGCCAGUCCGAGUGGCCUCCUACAUGCUAUUGCCCUGCACUCUGCCAGUGGAGUCGGCCUACUCAGCAGUCCAGAGGUUUGUGGAGUGGAUUCCAGAGGUGCCUGCAGACGUACGCUGGCUUUACGAGGUGGCAGGAAGUGCUUACAGACACGCCUGGAAGGGAGUGUCCCCAAAACCGGGCAGUGGCAUUCCAAUGCGACGGUGUGUGAGUGGGCCGCCUACGCUAGACCUGCAGCCACCGGUUAUGGAGCUUGAUGGACACCUGCCGUUUUCUGCCGCUGAUCUCCAUGGUUACGGCUGGGAUUCGCCCACCAGCCCUCAGCCGCCUCUCAGCCCGCACAUAUCCAGCCCUUCCCCUGAACAGAUCAGCUUUUUCCUUGGCUCACAGGAUGACUCUGACAGCUGAACGCACCAGCACAUGGACAGUGUGCACAGACACGAAUGGACAAUAGCCAAGAGCGCACUGGCUUGGUUUCACGCCGUCCGUGCUACCCGAAGAGGCACUGAGAAAGAUGGGCCAGAGGCACGACUCACGUCUGUCAAGCACAAAUGAUAGCCGCUCUUUAAGAACCAAAGACAUGUUUCAUUUCUGUAACCACUAACAUGAGUCUAAGCUCCUAAGUGCACUUAAAACAACAAAAUAUGAAAUAUUUCCAUUAAAGUUUGAUAUUAACAAACAUUAACAUACAUAGUAGUUAAAGGUGUGGAAUGUUCUCUUAUGACAAUCGUGCAAAUUACGAGCUGUUUUCACAAUGAUCACUGCAACGUUUGAGGUUCCAUCCUAUUCCUACAAUCCUUGUAAAAGACAAAAACAGGAAUGUGCCUUUUGUCAACAUGUAUUUGAAAGGGGAAUUCUGGCAAAUUUUCUACAUUUCUGCAUAGUUCAGUGGAUGAGAUGCAAACGAGGUCAUUCAGAGUGGUUUGAUGUAAAAUGGUUAAUUGUAAAGAAAUUGACCAACUCAUGAUAGGAACCAGGAGAUGCUUAAAAUGCAAAUAUAACCAUUUUAUUAACGAUCUAAAACAAUCAGUGAACCUUUGUGUCUUCUGAGGUUUCGUAUGCAAUGUUGAGGAUAGUAAAAUAGAGGUACAUUAGAAAAAAGUGUUCUUUAAGUGCCAUUUUGCAUGAAUUAAAGUACAAUUUUGAGCCAAAUCCUCUUCUCAAAACUACCAUAGGAGUAUCUGAGGCAUCAGACAGAAUAUUCAUAACUAUGUCAUGUGAUAGAGUUUCUAUGUUAGCGUUUUUUGAGAGGCAUUAAACUCUUCAGACGUCUGGUUCCUAUCACCACCACUAUGAACAAUUCAGUCUUGGUAAGUUUCUCUAGAACAGAGCAUUUCAGAAUCAAACCACAAUGAAUGACUGUUUACGUCUUAACCAUUUAAUUAUGCUGAAAUGUUUAAAAAGGGUGGACUUCCCCUUUAACGUUGUAGGAUAUAAUACUAUACAUGUUAAAAUGUAAAUGAAAAGUAAAUAAGAUGUUUAAAUAUUGUCUCACCAGCAAUGACUUUAAAAAAAAGGAAUUCGUAUUAACCCAGACUGCAAUAUAUCAUGUAUUAGGCCAAGAGUUUUACACCCCCAGCAGUGGUUCUCAUUGUCUAGUUACCUGUUCGUUCAGUGAGGACUCCUAAUCUGCUCUUUAAAGCCCCUGUUUCAGUUGAAUCAAAGGUAUUUAAGUUAUUAACAGUCCUUUACUGUAUUAAUAAUAUGGUGGAAACCUAAUACUAUGGAAAGCUUUAUAAAUAACAACCUACUUUGAGUAGCACAACUGUUUCUGCACCACCUUAACAGACAAAGACCUCUCUGACUUGUAAAUAAAGACAAAAAAGUGGAUAAAAAGCAUAUUUUAAAAA